AUGGAUUUACGUGAAUAUUCUGAGCAAACAGAAGAGCAACUAAAAGUAGUAGAAAGUGAGUGUCUUCAAGAUAUGGCUACUUGUCAGGAAGAAUUAGCAGAGCUUUAUAUGACAGUGAGAGAUUCAAAUAAAAUUAUCAAAAAUAUCGAAUCCCAUCUAGUUCAAUUCCAGUCAGAUCUGAAAAAUGUUGGCUUGGAAAUUAAAACGCUUCAAGAUCAAUCACUUUCAAUGAAUGUUUCGCUCUCAAAUAGAAGACAUUUAGAAGACAAGCUAGGAAACUUUUUGAAACAAAUUACACUUACGCCUGAUUUAAUUCAUAAUAUUUGCAAGCGGGAUGUAGAUGAAGGAUUUUUAGUAUAUAUAAAUCAACUGAGAGAGAAGAUGAGGUUUUUUAGGACUCAAGGCAAUAUUAUUAUUGAAGGCAAUGAAGUUGCAGCUGUAUCAAUGCAAGAGGUUUGACCUUACCUAAAGCGACUCAAUAUGAAAGCAGCAUACAAAGUCCGACAAUUCUUAAUAAAUCACAUUCAGUCAUUAUUAAAGCCAAAAACAAAUGUCCAGCUAAUGCAAGAAACUGUAUUGAUCCGCUACAAAGACAUGCUCCUAUAUUUACGAGAAAAUUCCCAAGAAACCUUUGUAGAGAUCUGCAUGAACUAUACAGAGAUAAUGAGUCAAAUCUAUUUGGACCACUUCAAAGUGUACAUGUCAAGCAUUAAAAAGCUUAUAAGAGACGACUGUGAUAAGCGUGAUGUUGUAACAUGGCAAGGUAUGGGAACUGAUAUAAGCUAUGUUCAAGGCUUUGAUCUAAAAGACAGACACCAGCUUCUAGACCAAAUUGAAACACUUGAUCCUAUAAUCUGCCAUGUAGCCAGAAAAACUCAUCAAAAAUUUUUUAUAGAAAGAGUGUUUCAAAGUAUUAGUAGACUUCUGGUAGACACUUGCACUUUUUGCUUCUUAUUUGUCCUAGAAUUUUUUUAUGUCAGAUUUGAUCAAUACGAGCCUGUUUUCGGAGAAAUUUUUUCAAAAACUCAGCAGCAUUUGAUUGAUAAUUUAGCUACAAUUUUUGGGACGACUUAUGAUACUCUUGCCUUGCUUUUGGUUUUGAAGAUAAAUACUGUAUUUCAGCAAACUAUGGAAAAGCGUGGAAUGCUUUUUAUGAAUCCUUAUUUUGAGAAAGUCAGAAUCAUAACGUGGCCAAGACUUCAAGUUCUAUUAGAUAAUAAUUUGAGAGAAAUGGAUACAGCGAAUUAUCUCCAUACAUCAGAUAUCGCUUAUCAUCCAGUUACAAGCUUAACUUAACUUAACUUAUUAACCAUGACGUUUAACGUCUCCUACGGGGUUGCUCUUCCAGGACUACCACCACGCUCUCGUCGCUCGGGGCCCACCAGUUGCUGGGACAGCUGGCUUUGAUCUCCAACGUGCGCCUCCUGCGCGAUGUUCCGGCUUCGAUAGCUCAUGAAUGAGCUACUUUCUCUGUAACGAAGGUUGCCUGCUAGGAAAUUCCAAAAAAUGGAAUUUCUGGCCGACUUUCGGCAAAAAGGAAAACUUGUAGCCCGGGGCGAAACUCCCGGUUUCUCGCUAGGGACUUGCCCGAAUGGCCUAGGAAUUACCAUUAGGCACUGCUGGGCUUCCCCUUUCCAACUCCAAGCCUCCUUUUCCUUCGAGGUAAAAUCCUAACCUGAGAACGGACUAGGAUCAGGCUCUGUACACUGCCAGAAUUGCUUACCUGAUAUUGCUGUCCAUCUCUAGCUAGGCAAAACCUUGCCGGAUAUAAUUAAAUAGGGCUCGAAACUGUCUGGCCGAGAGGCCAGACUCAAGUUGAGACGCCAUAUUUAAUUAUCCAUCCAGUUACAAGCAGAUUUGCACAAUUUAUUACGUCUUUGCAUAAAAUAUCGCCAGAAGACAGUAUGUUUAUCCACAGGCUAAGUUUAUUCAGACAAUCAUUCAUUGGAUUAUUGAAAAAAAUAGCUAAAGAUAUAAGAGAUGAAAAAAAUAGAGCUGUUUUCAUAAUAAAUAAUCUGGAUUAUUUGAUGGAAGAAUUUCAUGAACAGAAAGUUACUAUAUCACAAGAAUUUGGACAAUUAGAAGCAGACCUAACUGCUAUGACGGAAAAUUUCAUAGAUAUGCAAAUCAAAGAACUCUUUCCAGCUUUCGUAAAGCUCCUACUACCCCUCUAUGAGCGAACAAAAACAUUUUGUUUGGAGGGCUGUAAUUUUUAGUCAAUUUUUUUUUGGAAAUUUCAAAAAUCCUAAUUCGCAAAAUUGGAAAGGAUAUAUUUAUUUAAUUUAUAAAAUUUAUGUUUUAAAUGCAAGCUGUUUGAAAUUAAACAGAAUUAGCUAGAUAUUUCAUUAUAUUAAUUGUCACUUAUAUAUCAAAAUUUUUAUAUAUUAAAAUAAUUUUUUUCGCUCGCGGAGGUGGGUUUUUGGGCAGAAUAUAGGUAUUUUUCUAAUAAUUUGUUAGUUCUUGGAUGGGGGAGUUGGAAACUCCUAAUCCAUCUUCUGGCGAUAUCGAUCUCUUUUUGCACGAUUUUAAUGUGAAUUGAAAGAAAGGUCUUCAAAUCAUAGAAGAAGCAGUCAAAAAUCUGUUUUCAGGAGUAGAAACACAAAAAGAUAUCUUAAAGAGAACUUAUACAAAAUUUUUAAUGAAAUACACUGACUUUGUUGAGCUCGUAAAGAAAAACCAUCCUCACCUGACAAAAUCAUUAGUUUCACUACAAGUAAUUAUGGCAGAAAUCCAGCAUUAA